AUGGGAUUAGAUUUAAGCACUCAAAAGCUCAAAGCUGUUAUUAUAAAUGAAAAUUAUACCAUAUUACACGAAUCAAGCAUCGAUUUCGAUACACAAUUACCAGAAUUUGGGACCAAAGGAGGAGUCAUAAAAGGAGAAAAUGGAAGUGUUACAUCACCCGUUGGAUUAUGGAUCAAAGCAUUGGAUCUUCUAUUAGAAGAAAUGAAACGAGAUGGUAUCGAUUUAUCGAAAAUUAAAGCACUUUCAGAUUCUUUCGCCGUAGAUCAAAGUCCAACAUGGAUGGAUUCAAGUACAAAUUUCUACUGUCAACGAAUGAAUCAAGUACUCGGUGGUCCAGAGAAAAUGGCGGAAAUCACCGGAUCAAGAGCUUAUGAAAGGUUUACGGGUCCUCAAAUAGCAAAAUUAUAUGAUCAAACUCCUAAUGUUUACAAUAAAACCGAAAGGAUUUCAUUAAUUAGUUCAUUUGUUUGUUCUUUGUUUUUGGGAAAAUAUGCCGAUAUUGAUUAUGCGGAUGCAUCUGGAAUGAAUUUGAUGGAUAUUAAAACUAAAAAAUGGAGUCAAAUUUCACCAGAUUUAUCGGAAAAAUUGGGUGAUCCUGUUCCUCCACAUUCAAAUUUGGGAUACAUAUCAAAAUAUUUUGUCGAACGUUUUGGUUUCGAUUCAAAGUGUAAAAUUGUUAGCUUCACUGGCGAUAAUCCUGCCACAAUUGUCGGUAUGUGUUUAACAUCAGAAGAUAUGGUCAUGAGUUUAGGUACUAGUGACACAUUAAUUAUUUCCAUAACCGAACCAAAUUUUUUUUUAAAUGGACACGUUAUGUGUAAAGCAAAUUCGACAAACGAAUGGAUAAGCCUUUUGUGUUUUAAAAAUGGUUCAUUAACACGCGAACGUAUACGUGAUACCCAUGCAAAAAAAUCCUGGAACGAAUUCAACAGGUUGUUAAAUUCGACACCGAAGGGAAAUUUUGGAAAUAUCGGAUUGUAUUUGGAUGAUACCGAAGUCAUUUUUCCUAUAAAAAAAGGAGAUUAUAAAUGGAAUUCGAACGGAAAUAAAAUCGAACAAUUUGAUUCGCCCGAAAUAGAAAUUAGAGCACUGUUGGAAGGUCAAUUUUUCAUAAGAAAAUAUUAUGUUGAAGAAUUAGGUUUUAAACCAACAAAAAAGAGCAGAAUAAUAGCGACAGGAGGUGCAUCGUCUAAUAACAAUAUUUUACAAGUUGCAUCGGAUAUAUUUCAAAUGCCUGUUUAUAUUCAGGAAAUGAGUAAUUCUGCUGCAGCAUUAGGAUCCGCUUAUUUAGCAAAAGAAGCACAAGAAAAAAUUUCAUUUCUUACAGAUAAACAAAUUUCCCAAAUAAAAUCAAAUUUUAAACAUAUUUACACAUCAACGUUUAAUAAAUUCAAAGAACAUUUUAAAAAAAUCUUAUGA